AUGACCUAUCCUCCUCUGCAACUCCACUUCAUCCUCAUCCUACAUAUCUUCGUAGGAAGAAUCAUGGAUUCUGGCUCCGAAAAUCGAGGUCUCGACCUUGAGAAGGAGUUGACAUGCUCUAUUUGCACAGAGGUUUUAUAUCAACCGUUAACAUUACUCGAUUGUUUACACACCUUCUGCGGCUCUUGUCUCAAAGAAUGGUUUUCCUGGCAACUUGUCUCCGUGAAUAAUGCACAAACACCCAUUCCACCCGGCGGUACGCCAUAUACAUGCCCAUCAUGUCGCGCACCAGUUCGAGAUACGAAGCACAGUUCCUACAAUAGCGACGUUACUGGAGAUGUUUUUUGGCGCGAAGUCCCAGAAAGGUCGAGACCUCAUUCGAGUCGUGAUCAUAGUAGGGAUCAUAGGAAUACAGAUGACACCGAUAGACGGCGGCGAAGGGAAGAGCAUCAUGAAAGAAGAAGAGCUCGACAAGGAACCUCUGCGUUGAGGCCAGAACCCGACCGCAGCGACUCUGAAGCCCGACGAAGAGGAUAUAGUGAAACUGAAUCGAUAAGGCGACAUGAGGAAACUAGCCGGUCAGCGGCACGACAGAUCGAACAUCAAUCAUCUUUACGGUCACUAAUUAGCUCUUCUGACAUAGAUUCUAGAGAGAUGGAAGAGGAGAUUCUACGACAAAUUAGGGAGGAAGGUUUACUGGACGGAAUUGACCUAGAGAAUAUCGAUGUUAAUCAGGAGGAUCAGAUCAGUGAGAGAAUAGCAGAAGCUUUCAGGCGGCGACAAGAAGAGAGAUCGAGACCCGAUUUAUCUAGAAGAAGUGAGCGUGAUACGGCGGACAGACGAAGACGGUCUCCUCGAGCUUCGCUCACGGAUUCUGGGAGAGAGAAACCUCUGGUGAUGAUGCUCCCAGAACUAAAGGCGACGCAGAAUAUCAUCAUCCUCGCCAAGAUCGGUGCCGUAACCGCAAGCCACUUAGAUGUUGGUCUAAAUUCUGGAGGACGGAGACGACAGAGAACCUUAAGCGCGCCACGGAGCUCAACAGCACCUGUACCGGUAGUUACGCCCGAAACAAGACCUGCCGCUCGGUCGCAGACAGAUUUGAGCACUAUACCUCGGACCUCUUUCGUGCAAACAUCACAACCUUUUAGGGGCCCAUCGAGGAGGAGCACUGACUCCAAUGUGCGACGAUUGAGUGAAUCAUCAACAAGUAGGGAACCACAACCACAAACAGCCUCCACUACAAGAACAUCUAACAGUACAGUCGUUGCGUCUCCCUCUGAAUCGACACCAAGAACAUCAAGCAACAGCUUGUUAGAAAGAUCUCGUUCGGACGAUAUGCCUGAACUACCUGAUAUACCUGAUAUACCUGCUCCAUUGAGCAUUCGUGCUAAUGCCCCAGCCGAUAUUUUCGUGGCCUCUGCUGUUCCUGCAUCUGUUCCAUACAUGGAUGAAUCACUGAUUCCUGCACCGCUUUCACCUCAUACUCCUACUCAUCUAGCUCUCUUCGAUAAAGCUGCUGCACUAGCAAGUGGUAGCAGACCAAGUUCUUCUCAUUCUGUGGGAUCUAGACCACGAACGCAGCUUUUAUCCCGAACCUUCAUAUUAUGUAGAAGAUGUCAGAAAAACUAUAUUGAGUAUGAAGUGCACUAUAAUUGCUCAGCUUGUUGCGUGGCAAUUACAACAUCUGUCUCUCAUGCUAUCGUUCCGGUGCAGGAUGUCUGCAUUGGUUUGGAUUUGGCUAUUCAGCAUGGACAAAUUGGGAAAAUCAAAUGCAAGCGGGAAAAAUACCGCAAGGCGCAGAUAGGCCACAUAUGCUCACAGCAAAUCGCUACUUGGCACCAAAAAAUGGCUGCUGGCGCGCGGAUGGUCGCAAGACUCUAA